AGACUCGAUUGCAAAAGGCGGAGGGUCUUACCCUAAUGGUGUUGGUCCAAUAUUUCUUGAUGAUGUUGGCUGCACAGGAUCAGAGCGCUUUAUUUCACAAUGUUGGCACAGUGGUUGGAAUAGACACAAUUGUCAUCACAGUGAGGAUGCUGGGGUUUCUUGCAAGUUUAAGAAAAGCAGUAUAGAGGGCUGCGGAAAUGCUGACAUCUUGAUAGUAAUGGACGACAGUGGCAGUGUAGGGACAGAUAAUUUCAUUAAAAUGAAAUCAUUUGUGAAAGAAGUCGUCCGGGGUCUAGAUGUCGAGCUAUUUAGAUUUAGUGUAAUUACGUUCAGUGCAACUGUGACCAAAAAGUUUGGCUUUGCUGAUUAUGUUCGCCUCUCCGACAUUUUAUCUGCUGUGGACAGUAUUGCUUUUCGAUCUGGAGGCUCCACACAGACUGAUGAUGCUCUCAGAUACGCUAGACAAUCGAUAUUUAACGUCAAACGGCCUGAAGCUGCUAAUAUUGUUAUUCUAUGCACGGAUGGAGAAUCUACCGAUCCGGAUGAAACUAUGGAACAAGCAGCUCAACUUCGCAGUCAAGAAGUGCGAAUAUUUGCAAUUGGAGUAGGAAGUGGUCCAGAUACAGUAAAACUUAACGCAAUAGCUUCUUCUCCCAGUAGUGAUCAUGUGUUUCAAGUUUCUUCUUUCACAGCCCUACCACACAUCUUGAAUGCAGUGCAAAACCAAACGUGCAAAGCGUCUGUCGAUGGGGGAUUUAGUGAAUGGUCAUCAUGGACACAGUGUAGUAGGACUUGUGGUUCAGGAACGAAAACAAGAAGUCGUACUUGUACUAACCCAGUGCCAACAAACAGGGGUCGAAAUUGCACAGGAGCAUAUGCGGAAAUCGCAGAUUGCACGAUAGCUGGUUGCCCGGUCGAUGGACAUUGGAGUGGUUGGACAGCUUGGGGAGACUGCAGUGUAUCAUGCGGAGGCGGAUCUCAACAGAAAAAUAGAUAUUGUUCUAACCCAAGCCCGCAAAAUGGAGGCCUUCCUUGUCUUGGAACAAAUACAGACACACAGACAUGCAAUCCAAGUCCCUGUCCUAUUCAUGGUGGCUUCAGUUCAUGA